AUGGAGCUACCCCGUUCUAUGGAGGACGAUUUCCUCUACUGGAAAUACCAUCCGUCGGGCAAAUUCACUGUUAAAACUGGUUACUACUUCUUGACAAAGAGGCAGAGAGCCGAACACUUGGAUCUUUCUUUAGAGGAACAUAGUUUUGUGAAGCUCAUCUGGAAACUGAAGAUUCUUCCAAAGUGGAAGAUUUUUCUGUGGAAACUUUUUCACGAUAGGAUUGUAGUAAAAAGAAAUUUGGCUAAGAGAGGCAUUCAAGUCGAGGAGACUUGUGUUUUCUGUGGGGAGGAUGAGGAAGAUAGCCAACACUUGUUUAGGCUAUGUAAUCUAGCAAAGGAGGUUUGGGAGAAUGGCUCCCUGGCAAUUUGCUCUGACUCUACAGGGUUCGACUCUUUAAGGGAGUGGAUCCAGUACUAUAUCCUGCUGUUUUAUAGCGAGGAUGGUAAGUAUGGUACCCGUAGCACUAAGUUUAUAGCUACCUUAUGGGGUCUUUGGAAAAUGAGAAAUGCGAGAAGCUUCAACGGAGCCAAUGGGGGAAUUGACCUUGCCUUGGAAUUUGUCAAUUUGGCAAUGAGAGAGCAGGAAACCUUUUGCCAAAAUAUUAGGGAGAGUAUGGAGAAUAGGGACAACUCGAGGGAAGACUCUUAUCCCCCCCCCCCGGGUUUCAAUUCUGUGCAGUUGGGAAAAGAUCGAAGUGGUUUUGAUGACUUCAUUGUGGGAGUGGAUGGCUCAUGGGAUAAGAGAACGACAAGAGCUGGCAUCGGUUGGGUGGCAAUGGGAGGAAAUAAUGAAAACGAGGUUAGUGAGGGGGGUAAAUAUGGGGUGGCGACCUCAGCUUUACAUUGCGAAGCAUGGGCAUGUUUAGAAGCAAUGAAAUGGGCCAAAGAGAAAGGUAGGCAAGGGAUUCUUAUCCUUUUAGACUCCAUUAUGCUUAUUAACAACCUCCAUGACCAAUCAGGUAAGGAUAUUUUGAUUUCUUGGAUAGCCAAAGAAAUUAGGGAAGUGGGUGCACUGUUUCAAUGGUGCACAAUUCUUAAAGUCCAAAGGGAUCAGAUACAAAGGGCGGAUGAGAUCGCUAGGAAAUGUCGUACUUCUCUUUCGAACUAUAUGUAA